CACCAAACUGACCAGAGAGAAGAAAAAAGGAGCGCACGUCUACUUACCCAACCACCGCCAUCCCCGGUGUAUCAAGGAAUUUCUUUUUGAACUUUCUUCCCGCCUGCACUCACGCCUAGUCUUUUCACUUUUCCUACUCUGUCCACCAUUCCACCACCUUAGUCCCCACCAUCUCUCCGCUCGUGGGAGAUUUCCCCCGCUCCUUCACCCCCCUUCGCCACACAAAAUGCCCCUCCAUGGACUGCAGCACCAUCCGCGGCCUCACUCGAAUACACAUACACCUGAAGUAUCUGGAGCAGGAUCCGCGCUAAUUCAAGCUGCUCAGGCUCUGACUGGAAUUGGUCAGCCAGGUGCUGCUUCGUCUGCUGUUAGCCAACAGCAGCAGCUGCAACAACAACAACCGCAGCAACUCUUACAGCAACCCGGCGGUGGCGGCGGUGGUAGCCUCCGUGUACAAACUUCACAGAGCAAUCUCACUUCUAACAGCGGUCCCGGCAGUGGAGUAACACCUAUAUACUCUGGGUCUACAACGUCUGGGGGGGCUCUUUCUAGUGCCGCUACAUCUGGGUUGGGUUUUAGUAACAGGGACCUGCCAUCGUCAUCCCUUGAUCAGCAGAAGAAACCCACAAACUUGACUUUUCAAUUGCCGUCUCCAACAAAGGGCGGCAACCAAGGGGACCUUUACAGUUCUCCUCAAGAACUACACUAUCCGCACCGCCCGAGCGAUCCUGUCCAGGCCCAACAGCUCUCUUCCUCUGGCCUAUUCUCUCAGCAUCAGCCACAGCCGCAGCAGCAAUACCAGGCCUAUCAUUCUUCUCAGCCUCCGUCCAAUACCAGUUCAAAGCCACAACCUCACACAACAGCAACUACACCAGGCUCGAUUCCGAGAAUUAACGACCCACUACAACAACAGCAGUCGACAAUGCAUCGAACGAACACAAACGCAUCGCUCAGUCAUUCCUCCAAGUAUUCCCCGCAACUGAACACUUCUUCGUCUUCGUUGUCAAAUAGAGACAACUCGGCUGUAUCCGCAGGGGGGGACCCCGGUCGGAAGUACACUCAUCCGGGAGCCCUCACGCCGACUUAUCCACCAUCGUCACAGCAUUCGUCGUCGCAUUCCCAUUCUGGUGCUGCGCAUCUGGCUAUGGGUCUGUCGGGGCUUACUUCUCCGGCGACCUCAACGCGGGAACGAGAGGAGACCGGUGUUGUUGGAGCCGUGGGAAAUGGGAAAUGGAUGAGUCCUUGGAGUCUCUAUGCAUUGGAUUGGUGUAAAUGGCAGCCUACGAACGGGGGUUAUGGAAGGGUCGCGAUUGGGAGUUAUGCGGAGGAUAGUCAUAAUUAUAUACAAAUUCUUGAUACCCGACUUGCUUCGGUCUCCAGCACACAUUCAGACACCCCACCACCCGCCCCAACUAUCGAAUUUUCAAAGGUGGCUGAGGCCUCACACACUUACCCCAUAACGCGAAUUUUGUGGGAACCCGCUGGUUCAACAAAAGCAUCGACUGAACUUCUGGCUACCUCUGGUGACCACCUUCGCUUGUGGUCACUCCCGAAUAGCCCAUCAACAGGCUCUUCUAACUCUGCCACUCCACAGGGAAAUUCCAUCACUCGAUCCAACACCUUCCACACGCAGCCCAUCCAGAAAUUGACCCCUCUAGCCCUCCUAUCUAACAGCAAGUCUACAGAUUUUACUGCCCCUCUUACAUCUUUGGACUGGAAUCCCCUUUCACCCUCUUUGAUUAUUACUAGCAGCAUUGAUACUACUUGUACUAUAUGGGACAUUCCAACUCUCACUGCAAAAACCCAAUUAAUCGCUCACGACAAGGAAGUUUUCGAUGUAAGAUUCAUGAGUGGCUCUGUAGACGUAUUCGCGAGUUGCGGUGCCGAUGGGAGUGUCCGGAUGUUUGAUCUGAGGAGUUUGGAGCACAGCACGAUUAUAUAUGAACCUGGAGUAGGGAAGGGUUCGGGAGCAGAUCCCAACACCAACUCCAAGGAAGAUGGAGGAUCACCCGUCGGUGGUGCCGGAGCAAGCCCCCCGCCCUUGCUGAGAUUAGCAGCAUCACCGCACGACCAACACCUCAUCGCAACUUUCUCACAGGAUUCGAGUCUGGUACGAAUCCUAGAUGUCCGCCAGCCGGGCCAAGCCCUCAUCGAGUUGAAAGGCCACACGGGUAGCGUAAACUGCAUAGAAUGGAACCCGACAAAGCGAGGGAUCAUCGCAGGAGGAGCAGACGACAGUCUAGUCCUGAUUUGGGACCUGGUAAACAACACAACCUCGCAAUCCACGGGAUCCAACGGCACUAGCGUAACACAGGAGAAGAUCCCUGUGGCGUCGUGGAAGUGCGAUUACGAGGUGAACAAUAUCAGCUGGAGCCCGACGAGUGCAGGUGCUAGUGGUGCAGGAGGAGGCGGUGCAGGGGGGAUUGGAGAUUGGCUGGGAGUGCUUGGUGGACGGGGUAUUUGGGGGGUUAAAGUAUAAUUUUUUUUGCUGUUCGUUGUUCGUGUGGAUUAUGCGGCGCUUUCAUGAUAUCAAAAUUUCACCGCUUCCCUCAUCUUCCCCAACCCCCUUAGCCGCCGGGCCAGGGGGGCUUUCCAACACCAAUUUUCCCCUUUCUCUUUUACUAUCCGUUUCCGUGGGCAUGGGGUGCUUUUGUUCGGGGGUAUUUUGUCCUUCACCUCUCCUCUUUAUGAUUGCUAUGUACACGCUUGCUGAGUCAGAUGAUUGAGCCAUUUUUGAAAAAAAAAAACGAGACUGGGGUGUUUAAUAGUCUACUCUCCUGGUCAUCGUUUUCUAGAUUCCCA